AUGGGGUGCUGCUGUUGUUACCUCUCGGAUUUUAGGGCCACCCGGCAAGCUCCUCCAUCGCUGCAGAGACGGCCGAGCUCUGUUGAACAUCGCUCCUUCGAGCAAAAUGUGUUCCAUCGAGCAAAGGAGGCGACUAAAGCCAGAUAUAUCUGCGACAUGUGCGGCGCUGAUGUCGACCCAAUCCUCUUCGACGGCCACCAGGAGUCAUGCCGCACAAAUCAUCUCCGUGCUAUCUUAGCCAAGAAUGCUGCGCUCCUCUCCGAGGCGAACAUUCAUCCAUCGUCGUCGAAGUUUCACUACGAGGGAGCCACAGGAGACAAGGAGCUGUGCGUGGUAUGCAUGGAUCAGCCUCGCUGCUACGCUUUUCUGCCAUGCGGGCACAUCAGCUGCUGCCAGGAGUGCACUAAGUCUCUCGAUCAGUGUCCUCUUUGCCGGCAGCCGCGCGAGGGGCUCUGCCAGGUUUCCCCAAACGUGACAGCACAGUACGAGUGCAAGCAUUGUCACGAGCUCAUUGCACCCACACUCUUCGAUGGACAUCGUGAAGUUUGCGGCCUGCGGCAGCGUCAGAUGCGGCGCGAGGCCGAAGAGGCCGCUGCCCCCGCUGAGGCAGAGGCUGUGGCCAUAGGCGUGCCCGUAGACGAUGCUGAGUGUUCGGCUGCGCAGCAAUGCAGCGUCAAGACGGCGCUGAGCAGGAGCCCGCCCGUAUCGGGUGUUUCCCCACCGCCUGCCGCUGUGCUACCCACAACGGCCGAGCCGAUCCGAAUCCCGGCACACUCGCACUCGAACGUUUGCUUGGAGUGCGGCAACACAUAUAGCCAGCUGGUGGUGUGUGCCCCAUGUGGGCACCGCGUGCUGUGCUACACCUGUGCCCGGAGGCGAACGACGUGCCCAGUAUGCUUAAGCGAGAUUCGUGACACAAUUGUGGCAUUUGACUGA